AUGAACUUAAGCAAAAUUACUUUCAGAAAAUUUGAAUGUAAAAAAAUUUCAUUCCCUGACAGAACUACUCAACUAAGACUUAUAAUUCAGAUUAUUUAAAAGGAACAUGAGUGAUGAAGUGAUAUAAAUAAAUAAACUAUUUUAUAUAAUUAUAAAUUUAUUAUUUUCAGCUAAUAGAUGGGAAUAAUAGUAAUAAAGUUAAUAUUCUAGCACAUUCAUUUAAAAAGAACUUUAGAAUGAUACUAAUAUAGUAAGUGAUCGUUAUGCAUAUUCUGGAGUAGCUUUCUCAGCAACUAAAAAUUUAACUAUUGAAUGGUGUAAAGUUCCAGAUUCAGGGCUUAUUAUUUAAUCAGAUAUGACAUUUUAUUUAACUGGGCCAAUUGAAAAAUUAAGCUAAAGAGGAGAUUUCGGAAAAGAGAUCUAUGAAAAUUCUUCAUUUUAAAAUAAAAUGAAAGCAUUUUUGAUUAAUUAGCACUUUAAGAGAACUUUUACAAAAUUGAUGCUCUUAAGAGUAUUGAUGAAAUUUAAGUAGAAAUUUUAAACAAUAUAUAAGAAUUGAUUAAAUAUUGAUUACUUCAAACUAAAGAACUUUGGAAACCGACGAUAUAAACAAAUAAAUUAUUUAUUUUUUUUCUCUAAAAAUAUAUUAUUCAAAUUUAAUAUCAUAUAAANUUAUUUAUUUUCAUGCAAAAUUAUGUACUUAUACAUUACCAAUUUUCAAUUUCGUUUUAUCAACUUAAGCUUUCCUAAACCAAAUCCUAAUUAUAUAAUUUAAGAAUGAGUCAAUACUUAGCUUAUAAGUUCCACUCUUUUUAUAUUUCUAAUUUUAUUCAUUAUUAUUUCAAUUCACAAAAUUGAUCAAAUAAUUGUUUAUAUUGUUAUAGUUAUGA